GGGGUGGCCUUUUCACCCUUGUGAAAAGACAGAUUUGCUGAUGCUUCAUCAGCGCCAGCUCGUGCGCAUGCCUGAUACGCCUUCCUUUCACAGUCGUGCUGGGGGAGCACAGCUUCACGGCUGGUAAAGUUCACAGGUUUUUCUGACAUUUCUAUUUGGGAGGGUUAAUUUUCCUUCAUAAAGUUUUGUGUGCCAUUUCUUCUGUCAUGGCAGGAAGCCUUCUGUGUUGAUGCUUCACGUCUUGCCUGCUUUCUUCAGGUCUGAUACAGAAGCUGGCCAGAGCGCUCAAUAUGGCUUUGAAUCUUUGCCCCAGAAGAUUUGCCUUAUCUGUGGCGAUGAAGCUUCUGGCUGUCACUAUGGAGUCCUCACCUGUGGAAGCUGCAAAGUCUUCUUCAAGAGAGCCAUGGAAGGUCAACAUAACUAUUUAUGUGCUGGCCGGAAUGACUGCAUUGUGGAUAAAAUCCGUCGGAAGAACUGCCCUGCUUGCCGCUUGAGGAAGUGCUGCCAAGCCGGCAUGGUUCUUGGAGGUCGCAAGUUUAAAAAGUUUAAUAAGGUCAAAGUUCUGAGAGCAUUGGACGUCGUGGCCCUCCAGCAGCCAGCAGCCCCUCCAAGUGACAGCCAAGCCCUGGCACAGAGACUGUCUUUUUCUCCAAGUCAAGAGGUCCAGUUUAUCCCUCCACUGAGCAGUGUCUUGCAAGGCAUUGAGCCAGAAGUUGUCUAUGCAGGUUACGACAACACACAACCAGAAACGCCAAGUGCUUUGUUGACCAGCCUUAAUCAACUGUGUGAGAGGCAGCUUCUCUGCGUAGUCAAGUGGUCCAAGUCAUUACCAGGGUUCCGGAACUUACAUAUUGAUGAUCAGAUAACCCUUAUCCAGUAUUCAUGGAUGAGUUUGAUGGUGUUCGCCAUGGGAUGGAGGUCCUACAAGCACGUCAGUGGUCAGAUGCUGUACUUUGCACCUGAUUUAAUACUCAAUGAGCAGAGGAUGAAAGAAUCGUCGUUCUAUUCACUGUGCCUCUCCAUGUGGCAAAUACCGCAAGAGUUUGUCAAGCUGCAAGUAAGCAGCGAGGAGUUCCUCUGCAUGAAAGCCUUGCUGCUCCUCAAUACAAUUCCUUUGGAAGGUCUGAGGAGCCAAAACCAGUUCGAUGAAAUGAGAGCAAGUUACAUUAGAGAGCUUGUCAAGGCGAUCGGGCUGCGGCAGAAAGGCAUGGUGGCCAGUUCCCAGCGCUUCUACCAGCUGACAAAGCUCAUGGACUCCAUGCAUGAUCUGGUGAAACAACUCCACCUAUACUGUUUGAACACAUUUCUGCAGUCCCGUACACUGAGUGUUGAAUUUCCGGAGAUGAUGUCAGAAGUGAUUGCUGCGCAGCUUCCCAAGAUUCUAGCAGGAAUGGUGAAACCUCUUCUUUUUCACAAAAAGUGAAAUUUGUAGACACAACACACACAUGUGCUUUUUUUUUAAAAAUGGGAUUUUGCUGUGUCAGGCCUUUAACAAUCUCUGUUCCAGUUCACAUCUUUACCAGUUUAUGGAUUGGUUCUCGACUUAGCCAUACUUACUGUAGACCCACUGAAACCAAUUUAUUCAUAAGUUCACUAGCUAUGUAAUCUAUAUGUCUGUCUAUUAAAAAGAAAGGGAGAUUGAUUUCAGUGGGGCCUACUUCCAGGAAAGUGGGAAUACAGGAUUGCAGCCAAAGUGUAGCUCCAACCUGGGACUACCAACCCUUAAAAGCUGUGCAGUGUCCUUCAUAUGCUGAACAUCUUAAUUCCUUUACAACCAUUCUUUUUUUAAAAAAGCAUGACCAAUACUUGUCAUAAGAAAUGUUUUAUAAUAGGCCUGAUUGAAUUUCUGAAUUUCUGCUGAGGAAUACAUUCGUGAUCAGUUUUGUUUUUCUUUUUCUUGAAGAAGAGGAACUUGCUUUGUACAUUUUUCCUUCAUAUAAGUCAUUUUUAAAUUUCUGCAAUGGAGUAAUGCCUUUGCUUUUAAGAGACGUGAGUGUGGGUUUGCGCUGUAUGUGUAUAUGUAUAUAAAUAUCAAAGAAUAUGGUGAAAUUAAAAAGCAAAUUGUCUUCUAAGCAUGGGGGAUGUUCCUUUUACUUUUCCAUUUGUCUUGUAAUAAAAUUGCAAAAAUGGGUAGAA